UACACCAAAACGUCUACAUCUCUGAGGAACUAGCGGGCUAAGAUUAGUUUUAUACAUCGCAUUACCUUCUCCCUCUUCAAGCCCUCUCCGAAUUAGGAGAAAUACAGAAAGAAGAGUUCCGACGAUAUCCACUCUUUGGAUUGGGCGUUGACGCACGUGGCACUUGAAUGUCAAAGUUAAAACGAUAAACAGCAUCGAUUUGCAAUUUAUCGGCAUUUUCAUCAAAGCAUACUGUUUCAGUUUACUUUUAGUUUGGAUGACAACAAUGAAAAUUGUUAACAAUUUAUAAAACAGAUUCUGCAAGGGAUAAACGAAGGUUUGACAUUUGCCACUUUUCUGAUUGCUGUCGCAAACAUGAGGUUACUCGCUGCGAUCCUGGUUUGCCUCUUUCUUGUGGCGAGUGACGCCAGGCCGAAGUCUCGGAAAGGGAAAGGUGUUACUGAGCAGGUAUUCCGCGCCUUGCAGCGAGCGGUGAAGUUCUUUGAGGACGAUUACAAGGACCUAAAUUUGGAUGGGUUGUAUGGACUACGGGUCGCGCAAGGUCAGCUGAUCGACGUUGUCCAUGGCGUCACCUCCGGCAAGCUCGACCUCCCGUCAGACAUAAAAGAGAAGCUAAUUUAUCUGAUUACCCGGAUGGAAAGGAUCAGCCAGUCAGUGAUAUCCAAUCUGAAAGACACGGUCUACUAUGACAAGUUCAAAUAUGUCGUAGCGCGUCCGUUUAGUGCGGACUACAACCCUGCAAGGUCCGUGGACAAUGUCGACAUGGACACGUCACCGCUGCAGAUAGUUGAUGACAUCCAUAACUACAACGAGGAAUUCGGUGAUAAGUGCUUCGAAGAACUCAUUGGAGCCGACAUCCCAGGAAGGGAGACCAAAAAAUGCACAAUUCUGCCGAAGUGUGCCGAUUACCUCCUAAAAGGCAAGGAUGUAUUUGGGUACAGAUUGACACAUCAACUACUCUUUCUCAUCUUUGGCCAAAUGUUCAAAUGCACGGACAAUCAAGAAUAUCUGAUGAGGAAGCCGUACGAGGAAAAGAUCACCAACGUGUGUAGCAAGGUAUUCAUGGAAGCUAUGAUCCUACUGAAUAUGGGUGCUGCUGAGACUAGCUACAGGGACUUCUUCUUGGAAGAGGUUGCCACGUGCGGUAUGCUGGGAUUCCAAGACUUCUUCAGACGUGACUGGUUGAAGAAGAUCCUCUCCUGGCAGACAAAGAAGGGAUGUUUCACAAAUGUACCAGAUGAUGCCCUGAAGAAGAAGAGCAGCCCGAUGAGAAGAUUACUUGUAGACAAGAAGAUGAAUGGGGACUGUCUCUCCCACGAAUCUGGCCUCGGCGCAUCCGUCCUCGGCACAUACCUCAGACACCUACUCGAAAACAACGGGAAGUUCCGCGACUAACAAA